GCCAAAGCCCGUCCGCAUCAUGGCCGCGGGAGCCGGGACGGCGGGCUCCGCUUCCGGCCCGGGCGUCGUGCGUGACCCGACGGCGUCACAGUCGAAGAAGCGGCCCGGCCGGGAGGGCGGGGAGCGCGCGCGGCGGUCGGGCGAGAUGGCCGGGGGAGGCGGGAGCAGCGACGGCAGCGGGCGGGCGGCGGGCCGGCGGGCGUCCCGCCAUGGCGGGCGAGCUCGGCGGGGGCGCCACGAGGCGGGGCUGGGGGGCGCCGCGGCGCGGGGCGCGGGGCAGGCCCGGCUGGAGGAGGUCGUCAACCGCUGGGUGCUCAAGUUCUACUUCCACGAGGCGCUGCGGGCCUUUCGGGGGAGUCGCUACGCGGACUUCAGGCAGAUCCGGGACAUCAUGCAGGCUCUGCUUGUCAGGCCCCUGGGCAAGGAGCACACGGUGUCCCGGCUGCUGCGGGUCAUGCAGUGUCUGUCGCGCAUAGAAGAAGGGGAGAACCUAGACUGCUCCUUUGAUAUGGAGGCUGAGCUCACGCCACUGGAAUCAGCUAUCAAUGUGCUGGAGAUGAUUAAAACGGAAUUCACACUGACAGAGGCAGUGGUCGAAUCCAGUAGAAAGCUGGUCAAGGAGGCUGCUGUUAUCAUUUGUAUCAAAAACAAAGAAUUUGAAAAGGCUUCAAAAAUUUUGAAAAAACAUAUGUCCAAGGACCCUACAACUCAGAAGCUGAGGAAUGACCUCCUGAACAUUAUCCGUGAAAAGAAUGUGACCCAUCCUGUUAUCCAGAACUUUUCCUACGAGAUCUUCCAGCAGAAGAUGCUGCGCUUCCUGGAGAGCCAUCUGGAUGACACGGAGCCCUACCUCCUCACGGUGGCCAAAAGGGCGUUGCGACCAGAGGCUGCUACCUCCGCAACCCUGAAGGAAGAGAAGCAGCCAGCACCAGAGCCCGUGACCAAGUCGCCCCGAGAACCUGCCAGGCAACUCCAGAAUCCCCCAACCACCAUUGGAAUGAUGACUCUGAAGGCAGCUUUCAAGACUCUGUCUGGUGCCCAAGAUUCGGAGGCAGCAUUCUCGAAACUGGACCAGAAAGACCUGGUACUUCCUAAUCGAGUGUCUACAUCAUCUCCAGUCCUCAAAAGCAAGAGACCAAGGAGAGAUGACAGUGAAAGUUCAGCCCUUGCUGAGGGCGAGGGCAGCUCUGAACUGCAGCCCAAGAGCAAGCGCAUGACAAUAAGCAGAUUGGUUCUGGAGGAGGACAGCCAGAGUACAGACCCGGGCUCAGGCCUUGACUCCUCCCAAGAAAGCGUACCGGCAUCGCCGCCCAAGCCCACCGCUCUCAACCAACCCCUCCCUGGGGAGAAGAAUCCCAAAACAUCCAAGGGCAAGUGGAAUACCUCCACGUCUAAUGGGGUCGAAGAAAAAGAGACAUGGGUGGAAGAAGAAGACUUGUUUAAAGUUCAGGCAAUACCAGAUGAAGAAAAUGCAAGUAGUGUAACAAAAAAACAGAAGUGGACUGUAGAAGAAAGUGAGUGGGUCAAGGCCGGAGUGCAGAAAUACGGGGAAGGAAACUGGGCUGCCAUUUCUAAAAAUUAUCCAUUUGUUAACCGAACAGCUGUGAUGAUUAAGGAUCGUUGGCGGACCAUGAAAAGACUUGGCAUGAACUGAAACCGGCUUUUAUUUCUACAGAAUUCACAGAAUUCACAGGAGCAUGGUUCCUAAUAAUAGUCCCUGGUAGUCUUAUUUUUUUCAAAAGCUGGACUGGGGUAGGGUUUUCGGCAUCCUCCUCCGACGUGGGGGAGGUCCCAGUUUCACUUCACUGUUGAAGAUCAUGGACCUGAGAAACAGCCAAGUCUGCCCAUGUUCUUGGCAUAGAUGACAGGCACAUAGCUUGUACAGUGCCAGAAUAUCUUUAGUAUUUCCCUUCUUUAGUGGUUUGCUUGAAUUUAAAUCCCCAGUAACUAGUAGAACCUCCUAGGAAAUGGUGGAGUCUGUCGAGAGCCAUCAUGAUUCCAUGAUCUGUUCAAACCAGCAACACGAGCAUUAUUUGGAAUGAAUUUGUUCCAGGUAAAGCUUUGGCUCUUCUGAUGCAAAUGCAAAGGAACUUUGUCACAAAGCUGAUGUGAGACCCAACCUGGUGGAGUCUGACUCCUUUAAAAUCUGUUGAGCUAGUUGUGACUUCGGCAUUGAAACUUGACUGCCUUGGCAUCUGCUCUUCAUAUUUGCUGAGCUGUAUAGGCAGCACUUCUCAUGCGUGUGGGUUUUUUUUUUUCCUUUUUAUUUUAGGUAAAAUGGUGAUUGUAGAUAUGCUUAGCCUCAACCCCAUCUUCUUUUCCCAAUUCCUUUCCUUAUGCUGGACUUUUAAAGCUUAAAAAAUCCUGAUGGACUAUAAAUGCCUAAUUUCAUUCUUUGUGAAAUGGUCGCUUCCGCCUGAUUCCCUGAUUGUGCUGUUAGUGUCUUGAACAGGAAUCCGACAUUCCCUUCUCCUUUUGUACUGUGCUGUGCUUAUUGUCUUUCUGACGUACUUAAAGAUGGUCUUUUUAGAAAAAUUUCAGUAGCGUUUUCUGUAAUCUUUUUUUAAAAUACGGGAAUUAUUGUCCAUAACGUGUAGCAUUCUUCAUUAAAGUCUUGCUUCUCUCAAACGUAA